AUGGCCCGCCUGCUGCUGCCCGUCCUGCUGGGCACGUGGCGGCGCUGGCCGGCGCUCGGGGCCGCGGCGCCCGGGUUCGAGGUGCUGGCGCUGCGGGAGCGGAGGCAGGGCCGAGCCGCGCUCCCCGCCCGCCGCAGGUCGCUCCAGGCGGCGCGCUGGGGCCGCCUGACCGCGGCCCCCGCCGCGGGAGACAAGGGACCUGAGUCGUGUACGGCUGGCCGCCCCGGAGCGCGGCUGCGGGGAGGGGUGGAGCGGCCACGGGCGCUGGCCCCAGGGAAGGGGCUGCCUUGGGCCCGGCCCACGGGCUGUCACCGUCCGGCUCAGCCGAGGCCCGGGGGGGCAGUGGCUCCCGGGCAGGUCCAGGUUGAGUUUGGCCUUUUGCUUCUUUUCUCUUGGGUGGCCCGGGCCCUGCGGGGCCAGGCGCUGUACAACCCAGCGCAGAGAAGGGCCCUGCCUGCGAGCAAGCACCGGACAAGAGACAACAGGCGGAGCCAGCCAGCCCCGGGCACGCAAGGAGACAAACUGCCGGGCCAGGAUCUCCCCGCAGCCAGCCCUUGCCAGCUGUCUGGCAGGCAGCGAGGCACAGGACGCCGCCUGGCCCUGCCAAGAAUGGGAGAUGCGGAGCCUGAGCGGCAGGGAGAGGACAGCUGGAUUGCGGUGGUGCCGGUGCGGGAGGAACAGGCGGAGAUCCCGAGGGGCAGAAAGGAGGAGUCCUUCACUGUGGCCGUGGUCAACAAGAUGAAGCGAGCCCUAGUUCUGGGAGCAUCAGCCCUGCUCAUUCUCGCGCUGAAUCAGAACACAAUCCGAGAGUUGGAUGUGUCCCAGGUGCUCUCCAAGCCCGUGAUUGUGAUCCAGACCUCAGACAAUGUCACCCGGCUUCUUGGGGCUCUGCUACGGGGGCUCCGGGUGACAGCCAAGAUCACAUACCAAGCGAUGCUGCUGGAGAACCUGGGAGUGACUCUCACCCUGUGGUCGACCUGCGGCUUGUCCCGGGGUGGGCUGUAUGGAGAGUGGCAAGGAGUUAUCUGCACGGGCGAGAACAGCUCGCGGGUCCAGAAGUACCUUCAGCAGCUGUGGAACACCAUCCUGUUCAUCGCCCUGAUCCUGUGCACGGGUGUGAUUGUGCAGGCCCAGCGGCAGUCCCGGCAGGGCCAGCCAGACCAGGACACCGAGCUGGACCUCAAGCAGCACAUCCUGCGGAGGCUGUCGGCACUGAAGACCCGGCGCUACCACCCUGGCAAACACUCCUGGAACCAGGCCCGUGACAUUGAUAGCUGUGUUGUCUGCUUGGACCAGUUCCACAAGAACCAGUGUUUGCGGGUGCUGCCAUGUUCACAUGAGUUUCACCGGGAUUGCGUGGAUCCGUGGCUGCUCCUGCAACAGACCUGCCCUUUGUGCAAGCACAACAUCCUGGGUAACUGCUGCAGUGAGAGCUAGCUGGCCUAUGGACAUUCUGCCGGGAUAGAGCCACCUGCACUCCAGGGGCCAGGGGCACCAGGAAAGUGGCUCCAUCAGCACAGCAGGUGGCUGAUCAGGGGGAAGUAGCAGCACUGUGCCUGUGCCCCAGGGCUGGGCAGACCCUCAGGGCUGUAUGCUCAGCUCAGCAGUUAUCCCCAGGCAGCAGAGAGCGAGAACCUGAGCACUGGGGUGAAGAAAGGUUCUGCUCCCUUUAGCGUGCACUCAGACAGUCCUGUUUGGCAGGGGUAGAAGGCAGGGUCAGUGUGGCAAUGGAUGUGGCCAAAUUCUGCCCUGUCUUAAAUCUAUGCGAGCCCCCGGAGAUCAGGGAGGGCAGAACUUGGCCUCUGAGUGUGUGUGUAGGGGGUGGGAGUGCAUCUGGGCAGCUGAUCUGUCGAUAUUAGUGUAGUGUCUUUGGAGGGGUGGGGGUUGUGAGGGCAGGUAAAAUAAGCUAAGGAGGCAUCUGAGACCCCCUCAGGGGAAUAAGGAGGGGAUCCCAGACUUCUUAGGCAAAGUCUUAAAGGGUUAGCGGGGAAGCUCCAGCUACGAUGGGAGAGACUGGUCCGUGUGGCUGGCGCAAGCACUUUGCUGUAAGCCGAUUUCUCUGUGCUCCCAGGGGCAGGCUAGUCUUCCCGUGCCCAGCGCUCCUAACGGAUGAUUACUCUCUCCUUUUAUAAAUCUCUAUUUUCUAUACUCCCAUGACUGCUGCUAGGAGCCCCUGGACUGGCUCAGCUCUUGGUUACUUCUUGGCUAUCUCAGCGGGGUUGCCUGGGUGUAACCAAAGGCAGUGCUGAGCCCCUCUCAUCCCUCACAGGGUGGUGGCCCACACCUGGAGCAGAGGAGGGGGCCUGGAAGCUGCGCUGAUCUGCCAUCUUUCGACAUGCUUCCCUUCUCACUGGCCCUUGGGCGAUCACCUUGCUGGAGGGCAGGGGCAGGAAGUGGGGAGGGGUUGAAUGCUUGCUUUAUUUAUACUAACUUAUUAGAGAGAAUGGCAUGAGGUAGCUGCAGGGGUGGAACAAUAUCCGUGGAUGUGUUGCAGUGUCCAGGCCUUUGAUGGGAGUCCUGCCCUGCUGGGUCCCAGCCCCACUCAGCACCAGAGAUUGCUGGAUUUGAUUCACUGUACAUGUCUGUAAAGCCACCUGCGCUAUUAAAUCUAGAGCAAGAAGAAACCUGCA